AUGGCAAAGAAAAGAGUUGCACUAAUUAUAGGAUAUAACGGAAUAGGCUACAAAGGCAGUCAAAUAAACAAAGAGGAGAAAACAAUAGAAAAGACUGUGUGUGAUGAAAUACACGCCUUACAUUAUAUAUCAGAGCGAAAUGCAGAAGAUUAUUCUAAAGUAGCUCUGCAGAGAUCCUCUAGGACAGAUAAGGGUGUGCACGCAGCAAUGCUAGUGCUUUCUUUAAGAAUAGAAAUUUCAGAAGGAAGAAGCUGUAAAGACUUAGAGAAUAAAUUAAAAGAAUCUCUUCCAGCACACGGAAUUGUUCUACACAGGCUUGUAGAGACCACAAAGAACUUUGAUGCAAAACAUCGCUGCGAGUCAAGGGUAUAUGAGUACUUUGUGCCGCAGAGUGCGUAUGUAACAGAAAGCGAUACUUCUGAAGACAUUAGCAGAAAAACCAAAAUAUUCACAGAGACCUUACAAAAGAUGGAAGGAACACACAAUUUCCAUAAUUUUACUAUCCUAACGCAAGAAAAGGGCCCUGUCCGGUUUAUUAAAAAAAUAACAGUAGAAGAAUAUACUGCAGAGGGGCUAAAGUGGAAUAAAGUUGUGCUUCAUGGGCAGAGUUUUAUGAUUCACCAGAUCCGAAAAAUGAUAGGUUUUUCAGUUUUAGCAGCACAGAGGCUGGCAGGCCCAUUAGAUGUUCCGAAGGCUCUUGAGUUAGUAUUUUCUACAGAAAAAAGAAAUAUUCCAAAAGUACCUGGUGAGCUUCUUCUACUCUCACACAGCUAUUUUAGCAACUAUAAUGAAAAAUUCGGUGAUACUAGAGGAGUUAUUGAUAAUGCGGGGUGUGAUGAGUACAAACAAAAUAUAUUAUAUCCAGAAGUAUGCACAAAAAACAACGCUGAGUUAUUUAAUAACUGGCAGGAGGUAAUUGACAAGCAUACAGAUGAGUUUUUGUAUCUAACCAAAGACAAACAGCCAAAACAGCCAUAG